CGGGCUGUAGAGAAAAGAAAAAACUUUGUUUUUAACAAUUUCAGCUGAGUUAAUUUGUAAUUGCCAUGUCGGAGGCGCAUUUGGAGGCGCCAGCGUCGGUGCGCCUAACCAACGAUGACUUCCGCAAGCUGCUCGCCACACCACGUGGCCCGCCUCCGGGCUCCUCGACCAGCAGCGGCGGCGGCGGAGGCAGCGGUUACUUGGCCACGGCGCAGUUUGCGACGCCUGCGGCAGCGAGCGGCGAGAAGAAGAAGAGCCAAGGAGGCAGCAGUGAACGCACCGAUUUGCGCCGCAAGAAGAAGAACUUCUAUGCGGCACUGAAGAAGCAGGAAGAUGUCAAGCUGCAGGAGCUGUCGGAGAAAUACAGAGAUCGCGCCCGGGAACGACGCGAUAAUGCGAAUCCCGACUAUCAGAAUGCCAGCAGCAGCACACCUGGUCAUGGCAGCAGCACGAAUGCAUAUCGUGCCGUGGCGCCCGAUAUGAAAUCUGGCAUUGAUGCCGCCGAACGCAGGCGUCGUAUUAUACAGGAAUCCAAGUUCUUGGGUGGUGACAUGAAGCAUACGCAUUUGGUCAAGGGUCUCGAUUAUGCGCUGCUGCAGAAAGUACGCUCCGAGCUGCACUCCAAGGAGGCGGAGGAGGAGGAAAUUGCCGCUGCAUUGGCGCGCGAGAAGCUGGCGGAAGCAGCUGCUGCCGCCGAGCAACUGGAGGCGGAGCGUCGCGAGGCGGAGGACAUAAAUGCGAUUAAUGGUCAAAUGGCGCGCAACAUUUACAAUCUGAUACAGGCACGUCGCUCCAAGGAGGUGGCUCGCAAUGAACUCUUUGCGCCCGGCCGCAUGGCCUAUGUCAUUGAUAUGGAGGAUGAGAUGGACAUGGACAUACCGACGACACUGAAGCGCUCCAAAUUCGAGGUGCCUGUGGCACGCGAAGACAUUGCCACCUUGACCACCAAUGAUAUUGUCAUCAAUAAACUAUCACAGAUCCUCAGCUACCUGCGUGCCGGUGGACGCAACAAGAAGAACAAGAAGCGGGACAAGGAUAAGCCGCUUUUCUACGACAAGGAAGUGGAGCAUGUCCGUGGUCAGCAGCAUAACAACAGCAGUGGAGGCGGCGGAGGAGGAGGAGCAGCAGGCGGAGGAGGAGGUGGAGCUGACACUACUGCUGCUGGCAAUAAAUCCAGCAAAGCCAUGGGUGACAGCAUCUACGAUGACGUUGGCGACUAUCAACCGAGCGCCACGCGCGGCGAUCGUCAUCCGUCCAAGCCCGCCAGUCAAUCGUACUUUGGUGAUGCUGCUCCAGAGGCUGCGGAGCCGGUGAUAACCAGCAUACCGCCACCACCAAAGAUAUCCAAGGCAAUGGCCUCCCGUUUUGCCAAUGAACCCGAAGGCUAUGCCGAGUGCUAUCCGGGUCUGGAGGAGAUGAACGAUGCCAUUGAUGAUUCCGAUGACGAGGUCGACUAUACCAAAAUGGAUUUGGGCAAUAAGAAGGGACCCAUUGGUCGCUGGGACUUUGACACACAAGAGGAGUACUCCGACUACAUGAGCACCAAGGAGGCGCUGCCCAAAGCCGCCUUCCAGUACGGCGUCAAAAUGCAGGAUGGCCGCAAGACGCGCAAAAACAAAACCGAAAAGAAUGAAAAAGCAGAACUCGAUCGAGAGUGGCAAAAGAUUCAGACUAUCAUACAGAAGCGUAAGUUGCCCAAGGAUGGCGGAGGAGGAGGAGGAGGAUCUGGAGGCGGCGAUGAACCUGACUAUAAAUCUGCUAAAUAUUAAAAUGAAUCAAAUGAACAUGCAAAUAAUUUUAAUUAUGCGCUUGGCAAUACAAACUCUAACCAUAAUUUUCAUUAAAUAAAGUUCAAUUAGUUAAAUAAAU